GCAAUUUUUUUUGCUUAAGGUUACCAAACCUUGUUGUCAUGCUGCGGUUGGCAAGCCUCGUUGUAUUUUUGGUAGUUAUAAAAUUACAAAUAUUACCAAUGUCAAGUGUCAGCUAUUGAAAAAUUUGUUUUUGAUCGUUGUGCUUGUGGAUAUGGGGGGACUUUUUUCAAGUGAAUCUAAUGUCAGUAAGGCAAGGAGCAAUUCUUAUAAUAAUCAAACCCCACAAUACAGAAACAGCAGUCUCAGUACCCCAUCUUUCAAUCAAAGAGCAACACAAUCAAGUUAUCGAGAAGAAUGGAACGGUUACGCCUAUGCAUACAGGUCAAAUUAUCCUCCUACAACUUCAAUCAAUCAGUAUAGUGAAUCAAUUGUUCGGAAACCAACAUCAUAUAAUCCGAACUACUUGCCAUUCUUUUCAAGGGUAAUUUUUGACCCAAAGUUUGAAUAUAAGGUUUUGCCAAUUGACAGUGAUGAUUAUGAAUAUAGAGAUGUCAAACGAAGAAUCACCAACAAACAUUUCAUAGUACAUAGUAUUGAUAAAAUUGAGGCGCCUUGUCUGGAAACCAGCUACCGUUUGAAGAAAAACCAGAAGUUGAAAAGCUAUCCGUAUUUGGAGGAGCUCGAAUUGUUUCAUGGCACGAAAUGGAAGAACGCACAUAGCAUAUGCUUGGAUAAUUUCAAUUGGAGAUUUAAUGGAAAAGGCACAGGGCAUCGAUUUGGUCAAGGAGUUAGUUUUUCUUGUAAUGCUAUGUAUGCUGCAAAUUAUUCCACAGAUGAUGGUGAGAAAGUUAUGUUCAUUGCUAAAGUAUUAAUAGGAAAAAGAUGUAAGGGAACAAGCUAUAUGGAGCUGCCAGAUGAGGGUUGUGAUACAUCUACAAAACAGGACGAUGAUAUUGUAGUGGUAAAAUAUGAGGAUAAUGAAUUUUGUCCCAUUUAUAAAAUUCAAUAUCAUAUAGCUCCUGGUUAUGUUCCGAUGAAUAAAAGAAAACCAAAAGUUAAGUUAUAUUUUGACUGACCUGAAAUUUGCCACUUUUUUAAACGUUUGCAUAGUUUGAUAAUCCAUUUGGAAAUAUUAUUUUUAAUACACUUGUCCACUUUAUGCCAGCUGUAGUGAGCACUAUGGUUUCCUGGCAAUUCAGGAGUGGUAAAGCAAAAUAUUUUUCUCUUAAUUCAUUUUUAUAUGAUAUGGUGCUAUUUACAGUAGAAAUUAUAUACAGAUUUAAUUUUUAUCAUUCGAAAAUGAACUCCGAUACCAUACAUGGUUUAUUUACAUGAAUUCUGAAUGGACUUAUUACUAUAUACAGUAUUAAAUCCCUACAUAUCAGCUGACACUUACACGAAAAUUUAUUGCUUGUUUCAGGUCAACUUUCAUACAAAGAUUAUAACUAUAAUUUUUGUUUUCAUAAUUGCAAUCAUUCAUAUUUCAAUAAAAAGAAAAUUAUUCUUUUUUUUGCAAUUUCUGAAUCUGAUAAAUAGAAAGUAUACUUAUGCCAAAAUGACACAAAAAUAUUCAAACUGAGAAUGCUUUAGUAUCCAUACAUAGCAGUAGCAGUAUCUAUAAACCUUUUUGAUAAGAAAUAAUUAAAUUUUUUCUUCCUUUUAUUCAUCUUUUGCAUCUGCAUCUCGAUAUCUUGAUUUCUUGCAUAUUGAUUAGCUCCGAUAUGGGAGAUUGAAGACCACAAAAGAGGCAUAAUGCUUUUGGUUUCCCUUGGUGGUUAGAAAAUGAAUUCGUUAUCAAUGAAUUUUUCGAAGAUUGUUGUGUUAACAUUUGUGAAUGAAAACAAAGUGCUGAGUAAAGGCUUGUUGAACUACAUUAAGGUGGUGGGGAUUAUACAAAACCAUGCUUAAACACUCAAUUUGAAACUGCUCAACACUGAAUGGAGAAAAUAAGUAUUGGCUAAUUAUUUUCAGUAUUCUGUAUUGAUUUUAUAUAUAAUAAAUUUUUCAUUCGAAAAAUAAACACUUAGAUUUUAAUUGAA